UGUGUGUGUGUGUGUCUGUGUGUGUGUAAAGAGGGUUGUGUGUAACUGUGUGCCUGCUGCUUACUUGUGGUGGUGCCCUUUGCACGCCUUUGAUAGAAAGGGCAGUACUGCUCUCACAUUGACACUAUUGAUAUGUUUACAUAGACUGGCUUGCAUGAGAAAUACGUGUGUGUGUGUGUAUGUGUGAGACAGUUUAUGAUUUUAAACUCACCCUGUCCAUCAAGGCUGGGGAAGGAGUGAGUGUAGGAAAGAGAGUGGUAAGAGAUGCUCACCAGACUAAAGGGGAAGGAGUAACAGAGUAGAAAUACCACUCACCUCCCUGGAGCCCGAGGCAGCAUCAACACAGACGCCAUUCACACUCUGUAUCUCUGAAACAGGCAUGCUGCACGUGUGGCUCAACGCUGUGGGCCAGUGUGUGCUGUCUGUGUGUGUGAUCGCCGUGAGCGUGCGCCUGUGCAUGCCGCGUGGGCGCAGGCCCGGGGGACCUCGAGGUGGUGGCGGCGGCGGCAUCGGGAGCGUGGCGGCCUGCCUGAGACAGUGCCUGGGCUGGGUGGGCACCAUCGGCAACGCCGUGGCCGUGCCCAUCUCCGUGCUGCUCAACCUGCGGACGCCGCAGUGCCUCUACACUUGCAUCACGCUGGUGUGCUGCCCCCUGCUGGUCAGGCAGUUCAAGAUGUUCCUGAUGCUGCUGCUCACACUCAAUGCCCAUCUCCAGCACAGGCUGGGGGACAGGUAUGGAGCCGUGGUGACCCGCCGGCGUGUUCUGUGUCUGGUGCUUCUCAGCUGGCUGGUCUCCGUGGUGACAGCCUUCGCCCAGUUCAUCAGCAGGAACGCCCAGGACAGCUGGGGGGGCGGCUCCGACGGCAGCGGCACCGCAGAGCUCGGGCUGGGCAGACCGCAGGGGGGCAACUGGAGCACCCCCUUCCCACCACCCCCCAAACUCCCGUACCCGCAGGACCGCUCCGUCAUUGGCAAGUACCUGCCCUACGGCGGCUUCCUGUCCAAGUUCCUGGUCACGUACACGCACAACUUCACCUACGCGGAGAUCCACGGGAGCCACUGGGGCGUGUGUGCGCCCGACACCGUCCUCAGCCCCAGCUUCAUGGUCUACAUCUACAGCAUCACGGUCUUCCUGCUGCCCAUGCUUGUGAUGCUGGCCAUCUACCUGGACCUGAUGUGCGUCGUGCCCCGCCUGGGCCCGGGUCCCCUGGCGUCUUCCAGCAAGACGACGCCGACCCACUCCCGCUCCGUGGCGCUGUCCCUCUCCCUGCUGGUGCUGCUCUGCCUGCCCCUCCACGUCUCCCAGGCGCUGCUUCUGUUCGCUCCGGGGAACCCGCAGCCGCCCUGGGCCGCGCUGCUGGUGUCGCUGCUAUUCCAGUCGUACGGCCUGGUGCCUCCGCUGCUCUUCAUGGAGACAAAAGGAGAGGGCGGCGGGGGCGAGCCUCACCCUGCGGCGGGGGCCGUGGCCCCCCCUUGGGGGAAGGCUGUGGGGAGGGCCUUCUGCACCGUCGUGCAGGAGAGUUCCCCUUGCUGUUCCCCCAGCACUGCCUCAAAGACCAAGGUGUGCCCCGAGGCGUGAGCUGCUAGCAGAAACCAUAGAAAGCACAGUGGCACACACAGAGUGUCUUUAUCCGUUACCAGAGUAACUGAAGUCUCCGUGCCUGACCCAGGA